UAAUUUUUCUUGACCUUUCAGAGAAAAGGAUGACUGGUACAAUACUUGGAGUUGGGCCUGGAGUGUUCAUCUUGGCAGUGGUCUGGGUCUUGACUUUACUGCUGUGCAUGUUGUUAUCCAGAGCUUCUGGACUCGCUAGGUUUUCAGUCAUUCUGGUUUUCUUUGCUGCUGUGAUCAUCACUUUAACCUUGUUGCUUUUUCCUCGAGCCGGCAAGUUGCCCGCGCCAGUUACAGAAAUCAAGGUAAAAGCAUCUGCAAAUCAACGUGUUCUGUCUCGGCUGUUGAUGAAACCAAGACAAACACAGUCUUUGAGCUGAUUGAGCACAUGGGCUAAGUAUAGUCUCAAUGAAAUGCAUCACCCCAAGCAGAGAGUUAAUUGCCUGUUUCUCAACCGCUGCCAGAACAAGGGAAGCAUUGCUGGAGGUGAUGGCAGUAAGAACCAGAGUUAGAAUGCUAGUGCUGCCCCAAAUUAUUAGAAGCUCUGGGCAGGCUUGGCAGUUGGGUAUCAAAGACCCCGAUGAAGAGUGGGUGGAUACUUUGGAUCAGAUUGAAUUUAUGAUAGGCUAAGGGCUCAAGGAUAGGAUCC